UGGAAAAAGUGAAGGACAAAUAACAGAGCAGAGAGAGAGAUUUCACUAAAAUACUAAAAGAUUUUAUGGUUUUGUUUUGCUGGCUUCAAAUCCAUCACUGUCCAUUCUGUACAGGCUUCGUGACCUUGUUCCAGUUCUACAUUUUUUUUUCUUCUCCCUUUAUCUCUUGCCCUUUUUGUUGUUGGUGAAAGAGAAGCCUUGAGAACAAAUUUCCCGUUUUCAAAAUUGGAGCUUUUGGGUCUCUGAGGUUUGAUCUCUGCACAAGAACCUUGUUUUCUCAUCUGGGUGUGUUGCUUUUGCCUCUGCUGGCUCGACAUGGCUGUGGAAAAACAAAGGGAAGAUGAGGGCUGUGACCGUUUUCCUGUGGGUAUGCGUGUUCUUGCUGUGGAUGACGACCCAAUUUGCCUGAAGGUGUUAGAGAAUCUCCUUCGCAAAUGCCAGUAUCAUGUUACUACAACUAAUCAGGCAGUUGAAGCGCUGAAAAUGUUGAGGGAAAACAGAAAUAAGUUUGAUCUUGUUAUAAGCGAUGUGAAUAUGCCUGACAUUGAUGGAUUUAAGCUCCUUGAGUUGGUGGGACUUGAAAUGGACCUACCUGUCAUCAUGUUGUCAGCACAUGGUGAUACAAAGCUGGUGAUGAAGGGUGUCACACAUGGUGCAUGUGACUAUUUGCUGAAACCUGUUCGAAUUGAAGAGCUGAAGAACAUAUGGCAACAUGUAGUUCGAAGAAAGAAUUUUGACAGCAGGGAUCAGAACAAGGCUUCCAAUGAGGAGAAGGCUCCCAAUAUUGCUGGGGAAGGUAGUCAAGGCCUACGAUCAGAAAACAGUGCUGACCAGAAUAAAAGGCUUGGUAAAAAAAGGAAGGACCAAAGUGAGGAGGAAGAAGAAGAUGGGGAAGAGAAUGGAGAUGAUGAGGACCCCUCAGCACAGAAGAAACCUCGUGUAGUUUGGUCUGUUGAGCUGCAUAGAAAAUUUGUUGCUGCAGUUAAUCAACUGGGCCUAGAUAAGGCUGUUCCUAAGAAAAUACUUGACCUGAUGAAUGUUGAAGGGCUUACAAGGGAAAAUGUUGCAAGCCAUCUACAGAAAUAUAGACUCUAUCUGAAAAAGGCAGCCCAGCAAGCUAACAUGGUUGCUGCAUUGGGUGGUAGUGAUUCUUACCUACGUAUGGGUUCAAUAGAUGGAUAUGGAGAUUUUUGCACCUCGUCUGGGUCUGGAAGGAUCACAAACACUACUUUACCAUCAUAUGCAUCUACGGGAAUUUUCAGUAGGCUGAAUUCUCCAGCUGCCUUGAACAUGAGAGCAAUUAGUUCUUCUGCGCUUAUCCGGCCUGUUCAGUCUCAAAACAUCAACUGCUCCUUAAACACACUUGGAAACAUUCAGCCAUCUGUUUUUCCUGCAAAUCAUAGCUCAAGUUUAUUACAGGGAAUUCCGACAUCAAUUGAGCUUAACCAAUCUAAGCAAAGCAACUGUACAACUGGAAUAUCACAGUUAAGUCAAGUUGAUUCAAGUGGAUUUGCAGUGGCCUCUGGGUUCCCAGACAGUAGGGCUACUGUUAAUGGUCCAAACAAUUCUCUACCGUGUGUCUCAAAUAAUCAUAUAAUGUUACAAGGAAAUCCACAACAAAUGCAUGGCCCAGGAGCAUUUAGAAAUCAGUCUUCUGUUAGAGCGGCUUCUUUGUGUGCAGAAUCUUUUGACGCGGGCUUAUGUAGUUCUUCUAAUUUGUUAGAUUAUAAUCGGUGCAAUGAAAACUGGCAGAAUGCCACUCAAUUGUCUAAAUUUCCUGCCCACUCCUUGCCACUUUGUGAGGCUUUCAGCAAUGACCAACUGCCUCCCACUAGAAUUAAUGUUUCCAACUCAAGAACUCAUAUUGUCAACAGUCCAGUUGAUUUUUCUUCUAGAAUGGGAAUUUCUGUUCCUUUGGAGGACACCAGAAAUGAGCUGGCAUGCCAAGAGGGCUUGAUUGGGAAUAUUGUAAAGCCUUCAAGUUACACACCACAACAAAGGUGGGAAGAACAUAAACUGGAUUAUAACCAAAACGUGGGUCAUUCCUUUAAUCCUGUAAAUUCACAUGCUUCUUCCAGUGGAGUGAAAAGUUCUAUGGGGCAUGGUUUAAACCAAAAUAAUACAAUUUGUAGCAAUAGAGUUGAUGCAUCUUUGGUUGGCCAACUAAAUGGAGCAUCCCCAUCAAUCAGCAGGUGCACUGAAGUUGAGAAAUUCUCUUCAGACAUUCGACUGAAGCCAAAUGAAGCCUACAUUUUGGAGCAAAUGAAGUCCCAAGAUGGAUUUAUGCAGAAUACUUUUGGGACCUUGGAUGACAUAAUGGGUGCAAUGGUCAAAAGGGAGCAAAAUGAGUUGACAUUGUUGGAUGGAGAAAUGGGAUUUGAUGCCUACCCUGUUGGAUCAUGCAACUGAUUUCUUCUUAUUCAGCAAGAAUCCACGAGCAUUAAAAUCGUGGAACUUGCUCCUGUCCCCGGAGCCGAGUGAUUGUGUAGUAGUUUCUUUGAUGUACAAUUAUUAUUAUGUUCUGCUACUAAAUUUACUUUAUUGGCCAACAUUUUGUUGUUAUACUUAUGGACUUUUGUUAGCCAUCUGAUCCGUUCCAUCUCUUUUUUUUUUCAAUCUUGUAGUGUAUCCCCAUAAAAAAAUUUCUGUCUAUGGUUUAGAUAAAAUAAUUGUAAUAUGAAUGCUUCUUGGUGCUC